AUGGACUCGGACUCCUGCGCUUCCCCGCCGCCCCACGAAGAUUUCCCCCCGGGCUCCAAGCGCUGCCGGACGGUGGAGGAUUUCAACAACUUUUGCACCUUCGUCCUGGCCUACGCCGGUUACAUCCCGUACCCGCACGAGGAUACAUCCGGUUGGAGCAGCACCAGUUCCCCCAACAGUACCCGGGAGGCUAUUGACAGUGAUGGAGGGGACCCCCCUCUGGGACACCUCUCAAAAGCCCGGAAGACUUUCAGCCAACUCAAACACGGCAAGGCUUAUUCCUCGCUCUACCAGUGGACAAAGCCCAAUGGGUUUUUGGUGGACCGGAAAAAAAUGGAGAAGUUCCGGAAGAAACGGCGGAUUGUGAGGAAGGAUGCGGCGCUGCCGGACGUCAAAUAUCCCGGAGGAGACGAAGAGGAGGAAGGUCUGCGGGAGAGAGGAGGAGAAGAGCCGUACACCGAGAACCCGCUCAGCCCGUCCUCCGAAGGGGAUGCCCAGUCUUCCACAGGCCGCUGCUCGGCCUGGGAUUCAGACACCCCGUCGAAUCCCCCCUACACGGCCGCCGCGCCGGAGGAACAGAGCCUCGUCCAAAGGGUGGGCAAGAGGAUCAUCAUACGGCAAGGGAAACAGGUGGUUUUCCGGGACGAGGACGGCAGCGGAGACGAUGAGGACAUCAUGGUUGAUUCAGAUGACGAUUCGUGGGACUUGGUCACCUGCUUCUGUAUGAAACCCUUCGCCGGGCGCCCCAUGAUCGAAUGCAAAGAAUGCCACACCUGGAUCCACCUCUCCUGUGCCAAAAUCCGCAAAUCCAACGUUCCCGAGGUUUACGUCUGCCAGAAAUGCCGCGAUUCCAAAUUUGACAUCCGGCGGUCCAGCCGUUCCCGGAUGGGUUCCCGCCGGCACUUCCUGGAGUAAGCCGGCUGGAGAGCUGGCGGUGCCAAAACCUCGAAAUUUGGGAGUUUCGGAGUCGGUAGGCCCAGGGGUGGGAGCAGCGAGCGAGACCCAAGGACGCCUCCGAUCUUCCGGAGGAUCGCCGGAUUUCCCGUCGGGAGUUGGAACGGAUUCCCGGCUGCAAAAGUUGGGGCG